AUGUUGCGGCUGGGGGACUCUGUCCCACCGGAACGCGUGUCGCGCACGCAAGCAGAGAGCGGGGCCAUAGACGAGUCCCUGUACUCGCGUCAACUGUACGUGCUGGGUCACGAGGCGCAACGUCGCCUCGCAGGAGCUUCAGUGCUGGUGAUUGGACUCACAGGGACGGGAACGGAGAUCGCGAAAGACCUGGCGCUGGCUGGCUUCCAUGCGCUCCACGUCUAUGAUCCAGCACCACUAGCUUUGCAGCAUAUGGCCGCCAAUUUUUACGCUUGCGAUGCGUCACUGCUGGGGACACCACUUCAUACGGUCGUGGUACCGCACCUAGUGGAGCUGAACCCGUACUGUCACGUGUACACGGAGGACGCGGCGUCCUGGGCGGAACUCAUUGAUCCAGAUCGUAUUCGUGGGUUUGCAGCAGUUGUGCUAGUGAACGAGCUCUCCAUCGAUAGGCACAUCGAGCUCGAUCGCGUCUGCCGAUCGGUUAGGGUGCCACUGACGAUCGUUCAGUCACGAGGAGUAUUCGGCUACGUCCUCAACGAUUUUGGCGACGCCCAUACAGUUAUCGAUGACAACGGAGAGGAGCCACGAUCCGCGCAUAUCAGCCAUAUUUCGAAUGAGGAAAAGGCGUGCGUCACCUGCCUCGAUGAUCAGCGGCAUGACCUGGAGGAAGGAAUGUAUGUCAUGUUCACCGAGGUGGACGGAAUGCCCAUGUUCAAUGAACCCAACCGGAUGUUUCGUGUCGUUCAGAUCACGAGUCCGUAUACUUUUGUGAUUGACGCUGACACCCGUGAGGCCGGCGUCUACCGACGGGGUGGCAUCGUCACUGAAGUGAAAGUACCCCGCACGGUGCACUUUCACCCGGUUGAGCUGCUGUAUAGAAUGGCAGCGUCGACAUGGGAUCCAGAGAGCGCCACGCUCUCAGACGUGGUGGACCCGAAUUGGUUUGCAUCGCUGGACUUUAUGAAUGAGGAGCGAACCUUUGCAUUGCAUGCCAUGUUUCAGGCUCUAUCAAAAUUCGGACGGUUGCCUGCGCCUGGUACUGAGGCUGAAGUUGCGGCGUUCAAGCGCAUGCUACCCGCCGAUAUUCAAGAAAAGCACGAUGCAUUGCUUAACGCGUUUGUCAGAACCGUAUACGGGGAGCUCGCUCCGAUGGCAUCGAUUCUUGGUGGGAUCGCCGCACAGGAGGUUCUCAAGGCAGUCACCGGCAAGUUUACCCCCAUUCACCAGAUCUUUUCGUUCAACGCCAUGGAGGCGUUACCGACGCCGUUGCCAAACGAGCUGGAGUGCGCUCCCCGGGGGACACGCUAUGACGGACAGAUUGCAGUCUUUGGCCGUGCGUUGCAGGAUACGAUUCACGAUCUGGCCUACUUUUGUGUUGGGGCCGGAGCGAUUGCUGCAGAGCUCCUCAAAUGUUGGGCGUGCAUGGGACUGGGACUCGCGAGUCAUGGUGGAUCGAUUGCAAUUACCGAUAUGGACACGAUAGAACGGAGCAAUCUGAAUCGGCAGUUUCUCUUCCGAGCAACCGACAUUGGCCGCAGCAAGUCCCUGGCGGCACGCGAUGCCGCUCUGCGGCUGAAUCCGGAGCUCAACGUUCGAGCGCUCGAGAUGCGCGUUGGACCGGACACCGAGCAUGUCUUCAGCGAUGAUUUCUGGGAGCCGCUCGAUGGGGUUUGCACGGCCUUGGAUAAUGUUGACGCUCGUUUAUAUAUCGAUCAGCGCUGCGUUUACUAUCUGAAACCUCUGCUGGAUUCCGGCACGCUAGGCACCAAAGGCAGCACCCAAGUGGUGGUUCCCUAUCUCACCGAGUCAUACGGAUCGUCGCGCGACCCGCCGGAGCGAAGCAUUCCCAUGUGUACGCUGAAAAAUUUCCCCUACAGAAUCGAACAUACGCUUCAAUGGGCUCGCGAUUUGUUUGAGGGCCUCUUCAAGGCCUCCAUCGAGGAUACCAAGCAGUACCUGGAGCGAGGCUCUGAGUACAUCGCAGAGCUAGAGAAACAGGGACCCGGCAUAUUUUCUGGAGCUUUGGAGAACGUACUUGAGAACCUGCAGACGUAUCGCCCGCAAAACUUCAAGGACUGCGUGGUUUGGGCGCGCAACAAGUUCGAAGAACUCUACGUCAACAAUAUUCGCCAGCUACUUCACGCGUUUCCGCCAGAUAUGGUUGACAGCUCGGGACAGCCAUUUUGGAGCGGGACGAAACGGGCGCCGACGCCGCUUCGUUUCGAUCCUGCAGAUCCGUUGCACCUUGAGUUCAUUGUAGCGGCGGCAAACCUGCGCGCAGAGACGUUCGGAAUACCUCUCUGCACAGAUCGCGAGCAGGUACGAGCGAUCGUUGCGAAUGUUUCGGUACCUGCUUUCCAACCGAGUUCUGGUGUCAAGAUUGCCGCUUCUGAGGAGGAGGCGCAAGCAAGCGGCGCCGCUGUGACCGCCAAUGUCGACCAACAACGCAUUGAGCAGCUGUUGGCGCGCUUGCCGCCACCCGAAUCAUUUGCCAGCUUGUCCCUCUAUCCGUUGGAGUUCGAGAAAGACGACGAGGAUCGCUGGGACAUGGAUUUCGUCACCGCUGCGAGCAAUUUGCGCGCUUUGAAUUAUGGGAUACCGCUGGCGGACAAGCACAAGUCACGAGGCAUCGCGGGGCGAAUCAUACCCGCGAUUGCCACGAGUACCGCGCUGGUGGCAGGGCUCGUGUGUCUCGAGAUCUACAAGCUCGCUCAGAUCCGUCCGAUCUUGAGGACGAAUCCACGGGCGCUUUCAGCUUCGAGUUUCUCCGCGAUCAGCACGAGCUCCGCUGUGACGAACGGAACGAGCGUCCCGCUCGUCGAUCGCGUCAAGGUGCUCGAGCGCUUCCGCAACAGCUACGUGAACCUGGCACUUUCACUUUUCAACUUUAGCGAACCAAUCCAGGCCCCGUUGCAGCCCAUGUCACCCAGCGGUAACCGUACGUUCUCGCUGUGGGAUCGUAUCGAGGUAGAUGGAAAUGGACACGAUCUGACGUUGGCCGAGUUCAUGGAGCAUUUUGAGCGCGAGCUUGGUCUCCAUAUCAGCAUGAUGUCGUGUGGCGUUGCGAUCCUCUUUUCAGGCUGGUUAGCACCGAAAAAGGCCGCGGAACGCCGCGCGACGCCGCUUACUGAGCUUGCGCAAGCCGUUGGAAAAAUACAACUGACCGACAAGGACCGCUUCCUGGUUUUCGAAGUCAUGGCAGAAGAUGCCUCCACUGGUGAGGAAGUUGAGGUACCAUUUGUACGCUAUCGUUUUCGUCGGUAA